GUGUGUUUGAUACAAGAGCCAAAGGUUAUUCCACAGAAGAGCUGUGGUUUACCGAACAUGAUAUAGGCGGGUACACUCCAUGGGAGAAUCCUGCAGCUUAUGAACGCUAUAAUCCACUUAAGCAUGUUGCGAAUUGGACCCAGCCAAUGCUAAUUAUUCUUGGUGCUCAUGAUUAUCGUGUGCCAGAUACACAAGGAAUAAGUGCUUUUAAUGCUUUGCAACGUCGUGGCAUUGAAAGUCGCUUAGUCUAUUUUCCAACCGAAAAUCAUUGGAUAGUGAACCCACUUAAUUCAAUUGCCUGGUACGAACAAGUGCAAGGUUGGAUGCACAAAUGGACAAAUUAG